CUGUUCCAAACGGAACGAAGGAAAAAAAAUUUACUACUGUCAAACAUUUUAGGUUAUGUUUACGAUACCGUACAAAAUACAAAUAAUCACUUUUAAUUAGGUUUUUGAGAUAAAACUUGAAAAAAAAUCAUGCUUAAUGCAAUUCGGAAAAGUUUACCGGCUCCAAUAAACUACGUGGUGCGGUUGUUCCAAACAUCCGCGCCCGUAGCUACGGAAAGGUUUGUCCACAAACGGAUUCCCGCAGACGAUGAAGGCGUUCAGGGCGAAAAGAUCAUCGAUCUGGAUAAUCAGCUCAAAUUGAAACAAAAUAUAUUUCCAACUGCAGAUUCAGAUAACCUACUCUUCAACGGAGUACCCUACAAAGAUCUUCCUGUGUGCAAUGUCAGAGUGAGUCAUAACAACACCAUUUUCACGGUGACCGAUGCUGCGGGUGUUGUAAAACUCAUAAAGUCCUGUGGAAUGGAGGGAUUCAAGAAUACCAAGAAAGGGACUAACAUUGCUGCACAGACCACUGCCAUCAGUAUAGCUACUAGAGCCAUUGAGAGAGGAAUUAAAACUGUGAGAGUCAAAGUCAAAGGCUUAGGACCAGGCAGAUUGUCUGCAGUAAAAGGUUUACAAAUGGGUGGUCUAGAAAUAAUCUCAGUGACAGACAACACGCCUGUUUCAUGGAACCCUCCUCGUCCAAGAAAGGCAAGGAGAUUGUAAAUUAUUCUAUUAUUAUUUAGUUUUUAGUGUAAUAGUAAUAUAAAUUUGUUGUACAAGAUUGUUUUAUUAUAAAUCCUUAACUUAAUAUUUACAAUA